AUGGCAACAAACGAUAAGCCCCAGACUGUCCACGGCGGAUGCCUAUGCGAAGCCGUCCGCUACACCAUCAACUUCCCUCCCGACCAUGACUUCAUCAAAGCCUGCUCAACGUGCCAGUGCUCCCAGUGCCGCAAGCAGACGGGCUCGCUCAUCUUCCGCGUGCAAAAGAUCCCCGUCUCGGCGCUGACGUGGGACGCGCAGUCCACCCUGGGCCGGUACCGCGCGAGCGAGGGCUGCGCCCGCGGCUUCUGCUCCGCGUGCGGGAGCUUUCUCUUCUGGCAGAACGAGAGCUCCGGCCGCAUCAGCAUGACGGUCGGGUGCUUCGACAAGGAGGACCUGCGCAGGUACGGCAAGGUGUUGACGUAUGCGGAGAGGCAUUUGUGGUGUAACGCCGAGAUCGAGGGCGUGACGGACCAUCUCCCGGGAGACAAGUACAAGUUUGACGAUGAGGAUGGCGAGGUCGUGCUCCUCUCGAAGAAAUAA